CUCAGCUCGGUUCGGCUCAGCCUCAUAUCGGAUCUCCGUGUUUCGAGGCAAACCGUCCUUCAAAUUUGUCGCUACAGAUCGGCCACGAUCCGGUAGUCUCCGCUGCUGAGCCAGCGGCAGAGAUCCGGCCGCACACCGAGCGAGAAUCGCGAACAACGCCGCCCGAUCGUUCGUUCGUACCAUUUGCUAAUCUUUCCUCGGCAUUCGUAGAGUGGUGCGUAGUUUGCGACGUCGCUGACGUACACCGAGGGAUCAUGGGAUCGACGUGUGAUCUAAGGGUGGCGAUCCUGCUGCUCGUUCAGUCGACCCUGCUGCUUGCACAUCGAGAGCACAAGGUCCACAAUAUCGUGCUAUACCCGGACAAGCACAGCUGGUGCAAGACAACCCCCAUCAAGCAGGUAGUCACGUGGCCGCAGUGUUCCUCGCAAGAGUUGGACAACAAUGUGUGCGUUGGGGCUUGUUUCUCAUACAUGGUGCCUCACAGCGAACCCUCUGCACCCGGUGACUUGAUAAGACCCUACUGUGACUCCUGUCAGCCUUUGGACAGCGUCUGGCACACGGUGACUCUGGAUUGCAAGGACGAAGAGAACAACCCGAUAACGAUGCAGAAGAAGGUUCAAAUCAUCACCAAUUGCUCCUGCAGCUCGUGCAUGGAGACGUCCAGGAUCAAACCCGACUAUAACACCCUGCUUCAGUCGCUGACCGAGGAGAACUUGGACAAGAACGUGAACAUCAUCCACGAAACGCCGGACCUGCUGUUGAAUCCUAAUCUGAACUCCUCGAAGAACACCACCAGAGACGGCGUCGAGGCUAACGAGAGGUUCUUGCAGAUAUUCAAACAGCUGAAGGACUCGGAGAAGCUGGACGAGUCCGGCGCCAAGGAACUGUUCUCCAAGUUCGAGGAAGAUGUAGAUCUGGACAAACUGAGGGAACUGCUGAAGAGGUACAGCCAAGAGGAGGAGAGGCAAAACUCGCAUCAGCACCAACAUCAGCACCAGUCGUCCGGGAAGCAGCAGCAGCAGCAACAGCAACAACAGCAGCAUCACUCGACGACGACGGUUCUUCAUCGAGGUCCUCAUCACUCGAUGGUCCUGGACUCUGACGUGAAAGAAAAGAUCGACGUCGAACCGCACUAUCUUCAUCCGGCGGUCGCCGGCCAGGAGAUCAGCUACCACGACAACGUCCUCGUGGACAAGGAUAAGAAGAAAGAUUUCUGAACGUAUAGAGGACGUUCCUCUCGCCAAGAAAACGCGUGGCUAGUUAACUUUAGAUGUCAAACUGGUCAGAAUUAAUAGGAAACAUUAUUGGUAUAGAUGAAAAUACUCUGCUCGUCUUACGGGAUAGUUUCUGUUUCUUUUUCUGUUAGGAUCGUUUGUUGCCUAGUCCAAUCUGCAUUCUAUUGUUCGGUUCGAUGACUGAGCUACGAUUUAACCGUUCAGCUUGAUCCACUGUAAAUAGAGACGGUUCUUCGUUCUCUGUCUUUUUUUUUUUUUAAUAGAAAAAGGAUGACGCUUUGUUUUGUAUUGUAUGUACUAUUUCGUUAAUGUAGUAGGCGUUAUUGACGAAGGGUAAACUGCUCGUUUGAAUUUGCUUGGAUUGGGUGGCAGAAGUCUCGUUAUAGCUCGAUUGUUAAAUGGAUGCGUUAGAAAAGAAAAUUCUUAAUCGCCAUUGGAGAUAAGAUGCUGAAAGGGGAAUAAAGAGAGAGAUGAAAUUCUAAUAUAUAUUUAAUUAUUAUUAUUAUUAAUUAAUUAACUAUUUAACGUACUCGCGCGUCUAAUAAAGGAAUUUACGUCUGUUUAUAUUUACACCUUAACUUUCCACAACUGGCAAACAUUGUAAACGUCCGUAGGCGUUUGUUUUUUUUAUCAUGUUGACUGCU